AUGACCCCUUUCACGAUCCUCUACCUUGUCGUAGCCUCAUGUUUUGUGCAGCUCGCACAGGCAGUUCCCUUGGUCAUUGGUCUGGCGCGAAGGGACGUUGCGGAUCCACCCGUCCUUGCUCCGAAUGCUUCAACGGUAUGGACUGUCGGUGACACUCAGACAGUCGUAUGGUGCGUGAAUACAUCUGGUUUGCCAGAACAAAUAACGAACCGGCAAGGGACGGUUCUGCUGGGUUUCUUGAACGACACCAGUGGAGAUGAACAUCUCAUGAUCGACAGUCCGCUUGCCUCUGGCUUUGACAUUACCAGUGGUUCAGUCGAUGUUGUAGUUCCUGACGUGGAGCCGAGGACCGACUACAUCAUAGCGCUACUGGGCGACUCAGGAAACAUAUCCCCAAAGUUCACUAUUAAAAGCUCGUCCGGCUCUGCUCCCUCGACGGUCCCGUCGACUACCAGCUCGACUGCAGCUUCUACUUCCGAAUCAGGCCCUACCUCCGAGCCGACGGUCUCGACGCUCAGUGCGCCCAAUCUUCCAACCGGGGCCACGCCCUCUCCAGCGCCGGCGAAUUUAACGACUGCAUCUGAGAUUUCAACAAGUUCAUUAGCAGCACAAUCGACUCAGUCAGGCUCUGCCUCCGCACCACCAGCAUCAAGUGACACUAGCUCAAACACCUCUUCAUCUGCUAUCCAAAUCACACAUUCGCGACUCUUGCAAUUCAUCAUUCCACUGUUUUGCAUGUUAGUUCUUGUUUAA